AUGGAGGCAGACUCAGACAAAGGGAAGCUACCUAGCCAGCCCAAGGAAGCCAAGGCAAUCACGGUUUUGAGAAGCGGGAAAGAGGUAGACAACCACGUGAAAAUGCCCGAGCCUGACGACCUUGCACCAACCGACCAGCCCAAAAGAGUAGAGAAGAGCUCGAAGAAGAAUACAGAAGCUGAACCAAAGAAGCAGACAGACGGCUCAAUGUUACACAAGUCACCAAACCCCUUCAAACCAAGCAUACCCUUCCCAAGCCGACUCCGGGACGAGAAGCAGGAACAACAAUUUCGGGACCUAUACAACAUGCUCUCGAAGGUUAACGUCAACCUGCCACUCCUGGACGUGAUCAAGAGUAUGCCCUCGUACGUGAAGUUCUUCAAGGACUUAGUGACGAAGAAAAGGAAAUUCGGAGACGGGGAUAAGGUAGUGGUUUACGAGGCUGCAAGUGCUAUGCAGCAUGACCUUCCAAAGAAAGAACGAGAUCCCGGAGGCUUCGUGAUUCAAAUAGCCCUCGAAAACGGAAAGGAAGCUUCGGGGAUGCUUGACCUCGGAGCGGGAAUCAACCUUAUGCCGUUCUCGAUCUUUCAGCGGUUGGGUCUCGGUGAUUUGAGACCAACCCGAAUGUGCCUCCAGCUGGCUGACCGUUCGAUCAGAUACCCCAAGGGGGUAGUUGAGGAUGUCCUUGUUCGUGUCGGGAAGCUCAUUAUCCCGGUAGAUUUUGUCGUCUUGGAUGUGGGGGAUGUGCACGAAAACGGGAAGGAUCACACUAUCCUUCUCGGCAGACCGUUUAUGGCCACCACCAACACCCUCAUUGAUGUCAAGAACGGGACUUUGAACAUAACUGUCUUAGGCGAAUCUGUAUCUAUCUCAGUCCGGGAAGCCACAUCUGCAUCUUCAGUUAACUUUGUGGAGGAGUGUGCCUUCGUUGAUGUAGCAGAUUCGUUCGUGGGAGAGAUGACCGUACGAGACCUGGAGGAAAGGUCAUUACCCGAUCUUGAUGAGGGAGAAGAGCCAACCAUCGAGCUCUUUGUAGCAGACGAGCCCGACAAACCGAACCCACCCACACUAGAGCUUAAAGAACUUCUUCGCCACCUCAAAUAUGUGUUCCUUGACGAUGAGAAGCAAAAGCCAGUUAUCAUCUUUACUGAGCUUAACCGGGAAGAGGAGAAGGAGCUGAUUGAGGUACUUAAGAGGAACCAGAAGGCCAUUGGCUGGAGUCUAGGAGACAUUAAGGGCAUCAGCCCUUCCACGUGCAUGCACCGUAUCAUUCUGGAGGAGGGUGCUAAGCCUGUUCGGGACAGCCAACAGAGGCUCAACCCGAACAUGAUGGAGGUUGUGAAGAAGGAGGUGCUGAAACUUUACUCCGAAGGACUCAUCUAUCCAGUGGCCGACAGCGAGUGGGUCAGCUCGAUCCAUGUGGUGCCUAAGAAAUGGGGCAUCACCAUCAUCGAGAACGAAAAGAAAGAAAUGGUCCCCACCCGUAUCACUACCGGGUGGAGAAUGUGCAUUGAUUACCGGCGACUCAACGCCGUAACAAAGAAGGACCACUUUCCGUUGCCGUUCAUUGAUCAGAUUCUCGACCGUCUCUCAGGCCACCAAUUCUAUUGUUUCCUCGACGGUCUCUCGGGCUACUACCAAGUGGCCAUAGCUCCGGAGGAUCAGCCCAAAACAACUUUCACGUGCCCAUUCGGCACUUUCACUUUUCUCUCGUUUUUCAUCAGACAAAAACUUGUUCCUUUUAUCUUUGCUUAUCUUUGA